CACAUUUAAGAGAGUAUCUCGAUGAAAAAUUCAAGACAGUAGUAAAAACUAUUAAAUCUGCGAAAAGAAGUAUUUUGUAUGAUGUAGAAAAGAAAACUAACCAGUUGAAACUUGCAAUAAUAAACAGUAAUGCGAUAGCAACGCCGAAUGCUAAUAUCAACGAUAUUGAAACGAAAUUGAAAGUAGUAUUCCCUAUUCGGACGAUAGAAGAUUUUUUAUUAUUUGAAGAGGCGAUUGGUACAUCAGAAGAAAAAAAGAAAGCUUUAAUUAAGUGGAAUCAAAUUUUGAUAUUUGGAGAAACGUGCAUCAAGAAAUGCGUACGAAGGAUAAUGACAUCAACGCUGUCAAAAACCGUUGAAAUGGAAUAUUCAGCCUAUGGGAGGCAAACCCACGGGAAAGGGAAACGCGAUUUUAGUAAGACGCAAACGUAUUCAUGUUUGAACGGCGUAUUACAGGAAAAAUUUGGUGAACACGGUGAAUUAUACAAACAAUUGCCGAGCAUUAUAAGUCGGUGGCUCUCCGGAGCUGUUGAUCGGGAAGGAGGCCGAAAAACACGAAGAUCUUCGUGUGUCACCGAGUCAUAAUUUAUGUUGUAAUAUAACGAGGGAUAAACCGCUGAGGUCAACGUAAGCUUGCUGGAUUCGCAAAGUAUUGAUAAAACAAGCUUGAUCAAACGUUGACAAAUUUCGAUGAUGCAAGUAGGAAUAUCGGAGGUACGCCACGACAAUUCGUGCUACAUGUCCUGAGAUUUUGGUGCUAACGUAAUAGACAUAACAAGGAAAACUAUUUUUCUGGAGAUCGCUACGCGUCUUUGGAGAAUUACGUCGGAUAUGAGCAUACUUAAGAGUUUCGAUUCUUAGAAGCGACGAUAUGCUGUUUUCACUUUCCGUCGAGGAGAACUCGCAGAACAUCAGUAUUACACACGCGCGAGAAGCCAUAUACCUGCUGUUGUAGUUUAUUAAAGAAAAAGUAUCAACAAUUAGAUAAAGACCGCGUCUUGUUUAGGAAUUUGCGUUAAUUACCAAAGAGUUUGCUAUCAAAAUAUUAUUUUUUGCGUAGAUUAUUAGGUUAGAAAUAAGUCAACAAUAUGUCGAUCCAAUUUUCGAUGAAACUUAUAUACGAACUGAAUUUAGUUUAUUAUACUUUAUAACGUGGUAAUAAAAACGCGUGAUAUUUUAUUUUUAUACAAAAAAAACAACGGUA